UUUAUGUUACUGAAAUGGAAUUGUUGUAAAGAAAGUAAAAAUCGUUUCAAAAAAUUAGUUAACUCUAUAUAUAAUUCUUUAUGACAGAAUUGUUCAUCUUUUACGUUCCAAGCCGUCAACAAAACUUGCACGUUAUAUAGUGUAUUUAUGGCGUCAGCUGAUAACGCAAUUCAGGGCAGAUAUUACGUCAGAUCAACGGCGGAAGAACAUAUCAUAACAGAAGUUACAGAGACUUGCAGCAGUGGCAAUGAAUUACCAACUUCAAGUCCAAAUGUUGCUCUAAAUAAACCGGUGUCGUUAAGCUCUUAUUAUGCAACCUCCUCGCCUGGUAGUUUAAUGACGGACGGAAGUCGUGUACCUUCAUGGCCUUGCGCUUGCACAACGUACGAGAAAUAUCCUGAAGCAGUUGUUGAUCUCGGGCUGCCGUUUGCCAUCACUGCAAUGUACAUAGUAAACAGGGGAGACUGUUGCCCUGAGAGAUUACAUGAUCUCGUUAUCCAGGUAGGGGACGACAUGUCAAAUCUGAAAACAAUUUUUAACAAUACUGGCGCAAUUGGUGCAACCUGCACAGUCUUAUUUGAUAAACAGCAACAAGGACGCUACGUCAAGUUGUACAUUGAAGGAACAUCAUUUCUGACUGUGUGUGAACUAGAAGUCUACAGUAGCGGAUAAAUGCUCAUCAAGCAAUCUGACCUAUGUGUUGGUUACUAGCAUUUUCAAACA